AUGGUCACCAAGCUACACAACAACCAGUCAGAGGGUUCCGGCUCAGAUUGUGCCAAUAAGAAGCCCUGGUGCAAGAUGUGGAAAGUGGAAGAGACACCCCAAAUCUCUCCAGUGGCAGCAGUAGCUGUGUGCCGAUCUUGGGCCGCCGCCGCUGCCGCCAGAGUCACGAAGCCAGACGCGGCGCGCGUCUCCGCCCCGGACUCGGGAGACUGCGGCAGCGCGCACCGCAGCCGCGGCCGGGCGGCUCCCGGAGGCCGGACGGAGACGCGACUCCUGCAGACACGUGACCGCCUCUUAGCCGCCGCUUCCCGCGACCCAGAUCCGUCCCCGGAACCCGCGUUCGGCGGGGAGGGCCAGGAGACACGUAGCGACGGCCCCAGUCCCUGCUGCGUCCCGUCCGUGGUAAAGCAAAAAGCCACGUUCACGUUCCUGCACCGUAAUGACGGACGGACUGAGGGAGUCACAUUUCGGAGCCGAGGAAGCCCUGGCUGCUCCGCACCCCCGGCACCCCCUCCUCCUCCCCCAGCUGACUGCAUUGCCUUUGGGAAGAUGAAUAGCUUGGCUGAAGUUGUUUUUCCUUUCCGGUGGCGCCCCGAUCAGGUGCCCCCGCCCCCUCCCGCCGUUCGCUUUCCCUCUCAGCCUUCUCCCGACGCCCCCUCCCGGCCCGGCCCCUCCUCCCCCGCCCCCCUCCGGGCUGGACCGCGGAUGGUACGUUCCGCACGUGAGCUGGGUGCUGGUCUGGCCGGCGACGCGCGUGCCCUGUGGCCAAACACUGCCCGGAGUGAGAGCAAACUACCAGCGCAGUGGGGCUGGCGCGAGUGUGCGUGCGUGUGUGUGCGUGUGUGUGCGAGAAAGCGAGCGCGGUGGGAGGGGGGGACCAACUGCUUCACACUUUCAACACUGCACUGAAGAGGGAGAGACUGGAGACGCACAGAUUCC